UCCGCGAGCGGCGGCGGCGCCGUCUGGGCCCCGAGUCGAGCGCCAUGGCGUCCAACACGGAGCGGGGGGAGAUCCUGCUCACCGAGCUGCAGGGGGAUGCUCGAAGCCUUCUACUUCCUGAGAAUGUGAGCACUGGCCAGAAGUUAGACUUUUCAGACACAAUGGUGCAACAGAAAUUGGAUGACAUCAAGGAUCGUAUCAAACGAGAAAUAAGGAAAGAACUGAAAAUAAAAGAAGGAGCUGAAAAUCUCAGGAAGGUCACAACAGACAAAAAAAAUUUGGCAUAUGUGGACAACAUUUUGAAAAAAUCAAAUAAAAAAUUAGAAGAACUGCAUCAUAAGCUACAGGAAUUAAAUGCCCAUAUUGUUGUAACAGAUCCAGAGGAUCUUACAGAUUGCCCAAGGACCCCAGAUACUCCAAAUAGUGAUCCUCGUUGUGCUACCAGCAAUAAAUUGAUGGCCUUAAAAAAACAAUUGGACAUAGAGCUGAAGGUAAAGCAGGGAGCUGAGAAUAUGAUACAGAUGUAUUCAAAUGGCUCCUCAAAGGAUCGAAAACUACUUGCCACAGCUCAACAGCUGCUUCAGGAUAGCAAGACCAAAAUAGAAGUCAUAAGGAUGCAGAUUCUUCAGGCAGUCCAGACCAAUGAACUGGCUUUUGAUAAUGCAAAACCUGUGAUAAGUCCUCUUGAACUUCGAAUGGAAGAAUUACGGCAUCAUUUUAGGAUAGAGUUUGCAGUAGCAGAAGGUGCAAAGAAUGUGAUGAAACUACUUGGAUCAGGAAAAGUAACAGACAGAAAAGCACUUUCAGAAGCCCAAGCAAGAUUUAAUGAAUCCAGUCAAAAGUUGGAUCUUUUAAAGUAUUCAUUAGAACAGAGAUUGAAUGAACUUCCAAAAAAUCAUCCCAAAAGCAGUAUUAUUAUUGAGGAGUUAUCGCUUGUUGGAUCACCAACACUAAGUCCACGGCAGAGUGUAAUAUCUACACAAAACCAAUAUAGUACACUAUCCAAACCAGCAGCAUUAACAGGUACUUUGGAAGUUCGACUCAUGGGCUGCCAAGAUAUCCUAGAGAAUGUCCCUGGACGUUCAAAAGCAACAUCAGUUACACUACCUGGCUGGAGUCCAAGUGAAACAAGAUCAUCUUUCAUGAGCAGAACAAGCAAAAAUGACAUCUGUGCAGUUUUGAAGCUGGACAAUACCGUGGUUGGUCAAACUAGCUGGAAACCUAUUUCCAAUCAGUCUUGGGACCAGAAGUUUACACUGGAACUAGAUAGGUCACGUGAACUGGAAAUUUCAGUUUAUUGGCGUGAUUGGCGAUCUCUCUGUGCAGUAAAAUUUCUAAGGUUAGAAGAUUUUUUAGACAACCAGCGUCAUGGCAUGUGUCUCUAUCUGGAACCCCAGGGUACUUUAUUUGCCGAGGUUACCUUUUUUAAUCCUGUUAUUGAAAGAAGACCAAAGCUUCAAAGACAGAAGAAAAUCUUUUCAAAACAACAAGGCAAAACAUUUCUCAGAGCUCCUCAAAUGAAUAUUAAUAUUGCUACUUGGGGAAGGCUGGUGAGAAGAGCAAUUCCUACAGUAAAUCAUUCUGGCACCUUCAGCCCUCAGGCUCCUGGACCUACAACAGUGCCCGUGGUUGAUGUGCGUAUUCCGGAACUGUCACCACCAGCAAGUGAUUCUACAGUAACUAAAUUGGACUUUGAACUUGAACCAGAAGCGCCUCCAGCCCCACCACGUACAUCUUCAUUUGGAGAAAUACAUGAACCUUCAGAAUUAAGAGUUUUGGAUGUAUCAGGACAGGAUUCAGAAACAACUUUUAGUUUUGAAAAUGACAGAAAUAGUAUUGUUCCAAAAAAACAAGCUGACUAUGAGCCUCCUAUCCUUCAGUCAGGCCUAGAGUAUGGUGGUGUUCAAGAACCUGAGGAUAGAAGAUCACCACAAAGGUUUCAGUUUAGCCUUCAAGACUUUAGGUGUUGUGCUGUAUUGGGUAGAGGGCAUUUUGGAAAGGUGCUUUUGGCGGAAUACAAAAACACAAAUGAGAUGUUUGCCAUAAAAGCCUUAAAGAAAGGAGAUAUUGUUGCUCGGGAUGAAGUAGACAGCCUCAUGUGUGAAAAGCGAAUUUUUGAAACUGUGAAUAGUGUAAGGCAUCCCUUUUUGGUGAACCUUUUCGCUUGUUUCCAAACCAAAGAGCAUGUUUGCUUUGUAAUGGAAUAUGCUGCCGGUGGGGACCUAAUGAUGCACAUUCAUACUGAUGUCUUUUCUGAACCAAGAGCUGUGUUUUAUGCUGCAUGUGUAGUUCUUGGAUUGCAAUAUUUACAUGAACACAAAAUAGUUUAUAGAGAUUUGAAGUUAGAUAACUUGUUGCUAGAUACAGAGGGCUUUGUGAAAAUUGCUGAUUUUGGUCUUUGCAAAGAAGGAAUGGGCUUCGGAGACAGAACAAGCACAUUUUGUGGCACUCCAGAAUUUCUGGCUCCAGAAGUAUUGACUGAAACAUCUUAUACAAGAGCCGUGGACUGGUGGGGGCUCGGUGUGCUCAUAUACGAAAUGCUGGUUGGAGAGUCUCCCUUUCCUGGCGAUGAUGAAGAAGAGGUUUUCGACAGUAUUGUAAAUGAUGAAGUAAGGUAUCCACGAUUCUUAUCUACAGAAGCCAUUUCCAUAAUGAGAAGGUUGCUGAGAAGAAAUCCAGAACGGCGCCUGGGAGCUGGUGAGAAAGAUGCAGAGGAUGUCAAAAAACACCCAUUUUUCCGGCUCAUCGACUGGAACGCUCUGCUGGCCAAGAAAGUGAAGCCACCCUUCGUUCCGACCAUCCGAGGACGAGAGGAUGUGAGUAAUUUUGACGAUGAAUUUACCUCAGAAGCGCCUAUUCUGACCCCACCUCGAGAACCCAGGAUACUUUCCGAAGAGGAGCAAGAAAUGUUCCGAGACUUCGACUACAUCGCCGAUUGGUGUUAAGCACAAGACACUGUGAAACUAGCCCAGUGCUAGCUCGGGAGAAGACCGGCCGCUGCCGCCGAGCAGCCGCCCUCUGCUUGCUCUCUGGGCCACCGGUAGCUUCUGGUUUUUUAAAAUCACACGAAGAUUUGUUUUAAAGUACUAUUCUAAUACCUUUCUUGAAGAGUGGCCUCUUGCAAUGUAUUUCCAUUUUUAUUCUGUGCACUGGAAACAGUUUUAUGGGGUUUAAGCUGAAUACAGGCCAUAUAAACAUCCUUCACAGGUGGACACACUUGGAUCCAUGUUGUCUUUUUUUCCUUCCUCUUCUACAGCGGAUACCUUUGUCAUGUGCUUGCCUUAAGUGGAAGGAAGACCAGCUUGUGAUCUAGCGAGGAUAACCAGUUUACUUCAUUCCACUGUGUUGUAAGAAUAAAAGCUUGGGAUGCUAGUGAUACUCAACCGUAACAAGAUUCUCUCUGAAUAAGGCAAAGGCUGUUUUUUUUUGUUUUGUUUUGUUUUUUUGUUUUUUUUUUUAAGGAAUUACUGUAAUAUUAUCCAAAAGUGUAGUUUGCAGCUUGUGCACAUUUUGGUGUUAAGUUUGAUAAUAACGGAAUGAAUUGAUGCCUUCUUUUGUAAAUUUUCUAUAUUUAUUAGGAGAAAAUGUUUUUAAUGCCUUAUCUUUACCAACCAUGUAAGUGCUUCCAUAAUCCUAUGGACAAGUUCUCAAAGCUACUUGCCAAACCUUUUUUUGUUUGUCGAGCAUUGCUGACACAAACAGAACAUCCGCAUUUACUUAGCAAGGAGUGCUUCUGGUCAGUGUGAAAUGAGAUACUGUAUUUACUGUACGCAUUCCCAAAGCCUAGACGCCGCGGACGUCGGGCCUCCUCUCCGAAGUCUGUGCCCAGAGCAGCUGCUGAGCGCUGCCCGCCCCGGCUUAGCGUCCUCCCCUCGUGUCUGCCGAGCGCGGGAAUUGUCGGUGUGUCUGGGCCACGGACGUGCGUGGGGCCGCGCUGUCGUCUCUUCGGCGUUCUGGCUUCUUAUUUAAUUGUACCACUUCAUUGCUUUGGCACAGUGGCCCACAGAUGCCUCCGACGCCAGCACUUACAUGAAGUGCAUUUGUAUACAUUUUAGGCCACGGAAUCCAGAUUUUAUAUUGGCAGUUACUGAGGGUAAAAAGCAAUAUGUUGUAACAGAAUGUAUAAAUAUUUUUGAUAAAACAGUGUAUGUAUAUUUUAUAAACCUAUUAUAACACUAAAAACUGUACCUCAAAAGUCUCAAAAAAUAAUUUGAUCAGAUAUGCUUAUAACACUUGAGAGGGCCUGUUUUGGGUUAUCUGAGUGUUCCUACAGGAGAGCCACUUUGCCAACCAAGAGUUUCUCCCUGCCUAGAGCCUUUUUCCUUGUCUGUGACUGAUCUUUUUUCCCCUCAAUUAGGAUAUAUGAUAAAAAUAUAUCUUAUACUCCUGGCUCAACCCCGUGCCACGUAGGAUCCUCCUACCUCAGCAAUAGCAAGUGGUCGGCUCCCCUGACUGAAUUAACUGCACGAUCACAAUAAGCAAAUGAGCAGGGCGCGUGCUUAGACCCUUUGGGGAAGUGAGAGCCCCCGAGGGACAAAGAGCCGAGCCUAGCAGACAGAUGAGGGCGUCGAGAGCCCGGCCGCUCCCUCCUGCCCUUUGGCCCUGACAGAUGGACGAGUCUAUAAAGCUGGCGAUGCCAUGCGAAGGAGAGAGCCAAGCAGGAAAGCGGGCACGGCGUGAGGGCUGAUCCUCCGGACACUGGGCGCUUCCUCUAGAGAGAUGCCAACACAGGGAGCAGAGGAGGCGCUCAGCCGGGCGCUCUUGAUUUCAUCGAAACAGCGUUCCACAGCGAGAGACGCAAAAUGCUUUUGAGGUACAGUCCGCUUCCCCCUUCUGGUUCUCACAUCGGCCUCGAGAGCCGUGUCCCAAAAGGCUUUUAGCAUUAAACACUGAAGUAGCCUUUUGUCACUACACAUUGUACAGAAAUCUUUUUUUAAUUGAAGUAAAUCACUAAAAAAAAUUAGAGGGCAGGGUAUGUUCACACAAUUAAGCUGAAGAAAGCACUAAUUUUCUCUGUAGUUUUUUAAAGUAUAUUUUUAGUCAGAUUUAAAAAUUUAAACUCUAGAUUGUAAAUAUAUUUUGCUAUACUGUAUCUGUAAGUGGCUGCUCAGAGCACUUUGUAAGGAAAUUAGGAUAUUUUAGAAUGGUACACUAUGCAUUCAUUAAAAUGAGACGUGCCUUUAACAAAUGUCAUUCUAAAAAAACUUGAGUGUUUUGCAGUCAUUAAUUAUCACAAAUGCACAAAUUAAAGUUUAAAUAGAUUGUACUUUGUAA